GAAAGUGCAAUAUUAAGCACUGUACUUUACAUUGCAGCAGAACCUCUGAACAUGUUGAUAAGGAAUAUUAUUAUCUUCUGCACACUAGCAGUGCUGCUGGCUGAAGCAGACCUAGACACAGUUAAUGGAGGUUUUCAAGCCAUGUCUACGGGAACAGAUCAGGACUCCACAUCUGAUGAGGCUCCAACUGUUAUGUCCUUUAUGAUUAUCCUUACAGAAAGCAUGAACUCUGUGUCACCUGAUCAGCCCAACGGUGAGCUACAAUAUAUUGAUGGAGCCACAGCUGAUGCAAGCAGCACAAGUGCAGAAGCAGGUCAGGCUGCUGGGCCUCAAGUCAAUGAUGUGACAGCAGCUGAUGGCACAAAAUCAAGCACUGAAGAACAAGAUGAGAAUGAAAGCCCAGAGUCAGAAGAAGUGAUGAAGCCAGCCCCAGCGCAGCGUCCUACAAAACCACAAACUGUAAACCAGCGCAAGCGCAACAAGCCUGUUGUGGCCUCCAAGAAGAGAAUGAGAACCCUUCGCCCCUGAAAAAAAAAAAAGAAAUGCUGUGAAAUACGUUCAGGAUGGAUACAGAACUAAGAUAAGAGGAAAGAAAAAGGUGAUCUUGUGUUAAGUGGCAUUUUGUUUUGUUGCUUUAUUUUAAUAACCAAGAAUUAGAUGUGAUUUUGUUGUGAUGUACUGUAAUGACAGUUUUUGUUUAUUUUUUUUUGUUUUAUGGUUUUAUUUGUUGUAAAACUAGCAUUCAGCACGAAGGUGUUUUUUGUUCAAAACACUCUUCAAAUACGGGGACAAGCUUGUCAGUCAGGGCUUAAUUCAUAAACAAGACAGCGAACAUCAUGUCAGAUUACAGUCAGACUUUUGUGUUUCAGUCCAUUUCUGAAUGGGGUGUAAAGUUCUAGCUGUUAAUUCAACAUUUAUCAUCAGGAAAUACCAAACACCUCUCAGAAGCCCUGACUUGAUUAUGCUAUUUUUUUACUGGUGCUAGUUACCUGAAUACUGUGUGUUCAGACUAGCCAUAGCUUUUUAGGUAACAGUAGUUAAUUUUUUUUUUUUCAGCAGAAAUUUUGCGAAAGCUUGCUUUCAACACAAGUUCAGUGUUUAGUCUUUUGUCACGGAUCACAUUUUUAUAAGAAACAGUAUUUAUCAUUAUUAAAUAUAAUUUUUUUAGAUAUCAAAAUCAUGACUGUGUUAUUCAUGAAUAAUUAGUUCUGUAUGCUCAAAUAAACUUUGAAGCAAAUAA